AUCUCGGACGCCGUGCCAGGCGGGGCCUCCUACGACCUGAACUUCGUAAGCGUUCACACCGCUCACUUCGACCUGUCUCCGUGCUUCCUUGCCCGUGCGAACGGGUCCACGAUCUUUGCCGCGCUGGAGGCUGCAGAUCCGUCGCUCACGUUCGCGAGUCUCGUCGAGCUCACCCAGUACGUUCGUGCCGUCGUGUUGUACAUCGGCAGUGAUCUAUGUGGCGCAGGACAGAAGGCCAAGUUCGAGUUCGUCCGGAGGGCCCAGAUCCACAACGCCUGUGCCCAACGGAGUCGCGGAGUGUUAGGUAUGAUUAUAUUGGUGGAUGGUCAUUGCGCCGCGCAUGUCAUUCACCGCGAGGUGGAGCACGUGUUCCGCCUGAAGGAGCUGAUCCCGUCCUUGUUCGCGGUAAGCUUCACGUGCGGGCUCCCGGGUGCGGCGGCAGAGAUCAAGUCAGCCCUUGCUCGGAUUGUCCGAGAGGACCUCAGCAAUGGGGGGUUCGUCGUCGGCUUGAGCCCCCCCGCUGACGUUUUCGAGGCGGCGACCCCACUGCUCAAGCUCAUCUUCUGCCGCGCAGUCGCCGCGAUGGCAGACCGGGAGGACAUCGAGGGGAAGAGGGUCGAGGCCUUGAAGAAAUGCCGCGAGUUCCAGGGCACAUGCUGCGGGGGCCAGAAGCUCGACGUGUGCGUCCAGCGGAUGACGGACACAUUGCACGAUGAGUUCUUCCAGCCGCUGGCCGUGUCGCUCCCGGCCCAAAACCGAUGGUACACGUUCGGUCCGUCGUUGACGAAGACGUUGGGUACGUAUAGCAUCCACAAGCUCUUGCCGCGAGUUUUCAAACGGUGCUUCUCGCAUGCAGCCCCGCCGGCGGAAGAUGACGACAGUUACAGGGUGUACUGCCAUAAGAGGAAGAAGCAGGCCGUCGAGUUCUUGGGCAGCAGCGACUGCGACCUCGCGCUUGCCGCGGCCUUCAUCGCCACA